AGAGGGUGCCACAGUAGCUCACUGCUCCUCGAACCAUAAGGAGGCCCUCGCGCUUUUCUUUAUUUCACCCCAACAGGAUGGAGUCUAUAGGCGCGCGUGGUAUUUUUGUUUGAUUUUUCGAAGAAAAGAAAACCGUGGUCGCACAAUAAACAGAAAGAAUGGCGAACACGGCUCACCUCGUCCGGCGUCAAAGUUCACGCGACUUAAAGCCCCAAAAAAGCGUCGACAAACUCGAAAUGAAAGAAAUGAGAGGAAGAUUAGUGGUGGACAAUAGAAAGACUAACACCACUGCCAAUUACGGGGCCACGAACGCAGCCUUUGAGGACUCCAGUCCUAACAUGAAGAACAACAAAACGGGGAAUGAGGGCGGGGGUAGCAAGCUUGGAAGUAAUGAAGGAAAACCGAUUUUCCGGCCAGAAGCGGGGGAAGAUGAAAGAGAAAACUGGGAUAGCAAGCUUACGUUUCUAUUAGCAACCGUGGGGUACGCAGUAGGGCUUGGGAACGUGUGGAGAUUUCCAUAUCUCGCGCAAAAAAAUGGUGGAGGUGCGUUCUUAAUCCCUUACUUUGUAAUGCUGGCCAUUGAGGGUAUCCCUAUAUUUUAUCUGGAAUUGGCAAUUGGCCAGAGAUUACGAAAAGGUGCUAUAGGUGUAUGGAAUCAGGUUUCUCCAUAUAUGGCUGGUAUCGGCGUAAGCAGUGCUGUAGUAUCUUUCAAUGUAGCUCUGUAUUACAAUACUAUUAUCGCCUGGUGCCUCUUUUACUUCGUUCAAAGUUUUCAAUCACAGCUACCAUGGGCAGAGUGUCCUAACGUAUAUUUCCAAAACGGAUCAUAUGCGCCUGAACCAGAGUGUGUGGUUAGCAGUCCCACGCAGUACUUCUGGUAUCGAACGACAUUGGCAAUCUCCGAAGAUAUCAAUACCCCAGAAAUAUUUAAUUGGAAAAUUGCUCUGGCAUUGGUGAUCGCUUGGAUUCUCGUCUAUAUGUGCAUGAUCAAGGGAAUCGCGUCUUCAGGGAAGGUCGUGUACGUGACAGCCACAUUUCCAUAUAUCGUUUUGAUCAUAUUCUUCUUCCGUGGCGUCACUUUAACAGGGAUGUCUGAUGGUCUACGUCAUCUUUUCACUCCAAAGUGGUGGAAAUUAACUGACCCGGUAGUCUGGCUAGAAGCGGGUACUCAGAUAUUCUUUUCUCUCGGUUUGGCAUUUGGUGGCUUAAUAGCGUUCUCUUCUUACAAUCCCGUGAAUAACAAUUGCUAUCGAGACGCUAUCAUGGUCAGUUUGACGAAUUGUUUCACUUCGAUGUUUGCCGGGAUUGUUGUGUUUUCUAUUAUUGGUUUCAAAGCUACUAUGGUUUAUGAACAUUGUUUAAUGGAAAGGAACACGACGCUCAUGAAUGUUUUUGGCCAGAUAGAUAAAAUACCGGAUGAAAUACCAGCAACUGGUACACUUUUGAAUAUUACUACAGGGAAUGGAACGCUGGAUAAUUUAAUUAUGCCAGAAUUACCCGAAUGUGAUCUCGAGAAAGAGUUGGAUAAUUCAGCAUCUGGCACAGGUUUAGCGUUUAUCAUCUUCACGGAAGCGAUUAAUCAAUUUCCUGGAGCACAAUUCUGGUCCAUAUUAUUCUUCCUUAUGUUAUUCACAUUGGGAAUCGACUCUCAAUUCGGCACUCUCGAAGGAGUCGUUACAAGUAUCGUGGACAUGAAAUUGUUUCCAAAUUUGCGAAAAGAAAUUCUCACAGGAGGUAUUUGCUUGGUUUGCUGCACGAUUUCAAUGGCCUUUGCUCACGGUGCUGGUAGCUACGUGUUCGUAUUAUUCGAUAAUUUCAGUGGAAACUUUCCUCUGUUGAUUAUCGCCUUCUUCGAAUGUAUCGCGGUGUCAUAUGUAUACGGUUUGAAAAGAUUCGCCGAUGAUAUCGAGCUAAUGACUGGCAACCGUCCAGGCCUUUAUUGGCUAAUCUGUUGGAAAUAUCUCAGCCCGUUAGCUAUGUUGAGCAUUUUAGUUGCCUCGAUCGUGGAAAUCAUUGUCGAUGGAAGUGGUUAUCCAGCCUGGGUUGCCAGCAAAGGUAUUACGGAGAAACACGAGUGGCCGGUUUGGGCCUUGGUUCUCAUCGGUAUCCUCAUUCUCGCUUCUGUUCUUUGGAUUCCCACAGUUGCUAUUUGCAGACUUUUCGGAAUACUCAUAAUCGAGGAUAACGAGAAAGCGUGGUUCCCUGCAGCCGAUCUGAAAGAAUUUCACGGAAUCGUACCACACGAAGUUACACCUGCUGAAACUUUGUUAUUCUGUAUAAGAAGCGAUGGCUCAGAGGGCCUUUGUUGCCCAACUGGUGGCCCCAGCGAUGACGACGAGGAUCUCACCUAGGAAUGGUUAUCCUCGCAUAUGUUGGAUUAACACGUGUUUAAAUGGUUCAUAGACAGAGAAACAGCAUUUUUUAACUUCGUAUCAAGGUUUGCAUCAUUGAAAAUUAAUUUAAGCGUAACCAGGUGUUAUGAUUACCAUUCUUCGUCUCGAUUUAAAUUCAACACUUGACAUCGUUUAAUUUAAUUUCGAGAAUUUUUAGAAGGGUACAUCGUGUCAAUUAAUCUGGAAAUGACGUUUAUAUAAUUCGAUUUACAUUUACAUUGCGGUGUUAUGAUGAACUUCUUUUAGAAGAUAUAUUAUAAAACACGUUUGAAUAAGGGAGAAAUUCGAAAGUACGGAUUUAAUAUGACGAUUAAAGCGCAAUUAAUUGCUCUUCGUUUUUAGACGUGUCUUUCCGCUGAUUCUCGAGUCUCUGAAUCAUUUAGCGGUACGUGCGAAUGUCAAUAUUAAUUGAGAAGGUAAAGUAGAAGCGUUUAACAUUUUCAAUAAGUAAUUUCCAAUAUGGGGAAGCGAAUACAAAGCGGAUAAGGAUAAACAUUAAUAAGAAACUGCAAGUUCUGUUUUUAAUAUAAACUUACAGUUUCUUUGGUGGUGCAGAUAUACGAUACAUCUAUCGAUACGAUAUACUAUCAUUAGAUCUAUUAAAUUCCAUUAUUUAAUUCGAUUAUUAUAUUCGAUAUAUCAAAAACUUGUAAAAGAUAAAAUUUUGUUUUUUACACAUUGCGCGAUAAUUAAAAGAAAAAAGAAAAUAUAUCUAUUCAUAGUAUAUACAGCGAAUAAAAAAUCAUUUUAAAUUAGAUAUAACAAAGUAUUUCAAUCGUUUUCUAGAAAGAAAAAAAGGAAGAUCGAACAGUUAUCAAAAUGGUAGGAAUCCUAUCGAAUAAAAUUUCAUAAAUUAAACCAUAUGUUUUGCAAUAAUUUAAGAGAUAUAUCGUAUAUCCGAACUAUUUAGCAUGUAACGCGUCAUUUUAGUAUUUACAAUAUACAUUCUUAAAAGACAAGUUGAAUCUCUGCGACAAAUUGCAGAUUAUAAUAUAACUAGGAUAAAAUUAAAAUUAGACUCGACAGAACUUUUACCGCUUAGCAAAUUUUAAAUAAUGUGAGACCUAAGAUUUAGAGUAGGAACCGUCCAAUGGGCGUGAAGAAUGGGACGUUCCCGAAUCGUAUUGCUUUUAUUCUCAUUUUUGGUGAAGGUAUUAAACAGCGCUACUUCGCUGAUUGAUUCUCCGUUAAGCUCUUACCAUUGCGUACUAAUAUUACAUGAAAGUUAUAUUACGAAGGUGACAUCUAUAUUUCAUUGCAAAAUUUACAAUGAAAGUUCGAAAGAAAUAGAAAAAGCAAUCAGAUCAAGAAUCAUAUCAAGAAAAAACCUUUCCGAAGGUGUGAUCAAGUAUGCUGCAUUCGAAUAAUUAAUAUUCCAUCGUAGUCCUCUUAAACGAAUAUCAGUUACUUUAACGGUAUCUUUACAUACAUAUCUUACGUCUCGAAUUUAUAAACUUUGUUUCUAAGUAUAGCUGAGAAAAGAGAACGAGAAUUCGAAGGGCAAGUGAGAAUUGAUCAGCAUGUUUGUUUGGUAUAUCGCGUUGAAAGUACCCCGAUAGGAAUAGAAAAGAGAAAAAAGAGGAUCGCAUAUCAAAAGGACGUAUCAGGCGAGAGAAAAUUUCGUUGCGAUUUUAGCGUAUGUUCGUCGAUUUUGUCGGCGAACGUUCUAACGUAUAAGGACAAUAAGAAAAUCUUUUAAGACUUGAUAUUGACGAGGAAUCGUAUGACAAUAAUGAGAUUCGAUUAAUCGGAACUUUUAAUCGACUAAAAAAUUCGACAAUAAGAUAAACGUAUGCACUGCACUUCUUGCACAUUCACCGAGGCCUAUGAAAUCGAGAGCUACUGCAUCGGUCGAAGGAAUAGAGAAUUUCGUUUUCAUAUAUUUUCUUAAUGUACUAUAUACGAUGUAUUUUAUAUAUGUUGCGGUAUCGUUUACGUUAUUUCAAUCGUCUUUGUAACAUUCAAACGAGAUAGUAUACUUUUUAGAUCAAUUUUACACUUUAAAGGAUCUCUUUAAGGCAAAAACUAACGAUGCAAAUCUAUCGUUAACAUUAAAAUCCAGAAAUAUUUCCGAAAUUGGUAUUUUACGAAAAAGAUAAACGAAUCCAUUCCUUCGAUAAGAAAAUCGUUUAUUAACAGAGACUAGAGCAGUAGCGAGAUACGCUCUAAUCGCGUCUAUUUGUACUUCGAAUCUCUCUAUUUUGUAUGCGCGCUUUUGGGUAUGGUCUUAACUCUUUUUGACAAAUUGUUGAUCACGAACUGUCAAUCGUAGAAAUCGCGCACAGUAUCGGAAAUAGGUUUGCCAUCAUCGGUAAAGAAAAGAAACUCGAACCUUUAUAUUCGAUAAACUAAUAACCAUAUAUACUUUUGAUUUCGAGAUAUUAACAUUCGCAUAGGUCGUUUUUCUCUUGUUUCCUCAAAAAGGUGCUAAACUAUGAUAAUGUAAGAGAAUUUAAUACAAAAUGAUAUAUAUAAACAAAAUCGUUGAUAAUAUUAUAUUAUACUUGUUAAGGUCCUGUUACCGACUUAAUAACAGUCCCGAGAAUUAAUUAUGUUGCUCCUGAACCGAUUAGUGAUUUACUUGUAUUCGUAUAUUAUAUUAUUAUUAUUAUUCGUAUGGAAUAGUUCGAUUGUAAAUAAUUGUUGAAGUGUCUUUUAAACUCUAAAUGGACAAUAACUUGCGGGACAAGGAGCUGCCGCGUGAAACAUGAUGAAUCGCCCCUGCAAUGAAUAGUACAAAUGUUUCUUUCACUAUCAUGUGUUUCGUAUGCAUUGCCUCGAACUAUGAAACAUACAAGUCUCAGACAAUAAUUCACACGAAUUAAUUUUAUUUCUUCGUAUUGUUACUCGAGAUCUUGAGCCUGCGUUGGUGUAUGCAGUGCGCUAACAUCGUUUAAUUGUUAAUAUCUUUGCGAAUUAGUUGUAAAUGCAAGCGUUACUACCUAUCGAUCUCGAUAAUAAAAUAAACUUAAGUAAAUAACACAAAUACGAAAUGCACUAAGUAUUAUUUGCCUGAGCAAAACAAUACGUAAUUAGUAGACAAUAAUUAAAAGAUAAGAAUUUAAAGCAAGACAAUAUAAAAUAUAAUUUAUUUAGCGCACUUUGUACACUUUUACGCCGAUCUGAGUAGUUUAAAAUCCAUCUAUGGCAUUCAAGGAUAAAUGAAGAACGUUGUUUCAUGUCGAUAUUCGUGGAGUGCACGAAAAGGGUCAAUGAAAAGUAUCAAUAAUAAUUAUGAACUAUUAUGUGCUUAAUCAAGGAUAACAGAAUGGAUUAUUAAUCUUAAUAUCUUAAUUUUAGAUAAUUUCGUUUGUCGUUCUCCUACAUAUCUCAUUGUGUUUUCAAAGUGUAUAACAAGGAAGUCGUGUCCAUCCAUACUUAAAAUACAAUUUAAGCGUGAAAGAAAGGUUGAUAUAUCGGUCGAAGAAACACGAGCGUAAGCUGUGAAGUCAGAUUUUGAGGAUGAUUCGUGUUAUAUUAAAGUUUUAAUGAUACAUCGUAUCAGAUAACCAAUGUCGAUGUAGCUUACGCAAUAAUAAAUAAGAUAUAAAGAUCAGGUACGGACGGUAGCUAAUGUUAUAAUUAUAUAUAAAGAAUAAUGAAUAUAUACACACUGAUAUUACGCAUAUAUAAAACUGUACAUAUAUAUAUUGUUGUCAGUUGAAUGUUAAAAUAAAUACCGGGCGUAAAUGUGGA